CGCAGCGUCGGGAUGCGCCUUCCGGAGUCUCGCAACAUCUAUGCGCGCAUUUUCUGAGCGCGUAUUUAUACACUUGAAAUCCACAGAAAGGCUCAAAACAGUGUCGGAAUGCUGCCCAACGACACCUUCAAGAACCUGGAGGAUGGUUUCUAUCUGUUAAACUUCUCCAGCAACGAGACGCAUAACGGGGAUUCUCACGGCAGCAGCGCGAUCUUCAUCUCCUUCAUCUAUUCCGUAGUGUGUGUGGUGGGACUCUGUGGGAACUCGAUGGUGAUUUAUGUGAUCUUCAGGUAUGCGAAGAUGAAAACUGCGACGAACAUCUACAUUUUGAACUUGGCGAUCGCGGAUGAGUUGCUCAUGUUGAGUGUGCCUUUCCUUGUCACCUCUUCUUUACUUCACCACUGGCCCUUUGGUUCUCUCCUGUGUCGAUUGGUUUUAAGUGUUGAUGCCAUUAACAUGUUCACCAGCAUCUAUUGUCUGACUGUGUUGAGUAUCGAUCGCUACAUCUCCGUGGUGCAUCCCAUCAAAGCAGCCCGGUACCGGAGACCCACCAUCGCCAAAAUGGUCAACUUGGGGGUCUGGAUGUUCUCCAUUCUGGUCAUCCUACCCAUCAUCAUCUUCUCCACCACUGCACCCAACUCUGACGGAUCAGUGGCUUGCAACAUGCAGAUGCCUGAGCCCGAGCGUCAGUGGAUGGCUGUAUUUGUGAUCUACGCCUUUCUGAUGGGCUUUCUCUUCCCUGUCAUUGCCAUCUGCAUGUGCUACAUCCUCAUCAUAGUGAAGAUGCGGGUGGUCGCCUUGAAAGCGGGCUGGCAGCAGCGCAAAAAGUCCGAGAGGAAGAUCACGCUGAUGGUGAUGAUGGUGGUGACGGUGUUUGUGAUCUGCUGGAUGCCUUUUCACAUCGUGCAGCUGGUCAGCGUAUUCGUCCAGCAGCACAAUGCCACCCUCAGUCAGCUGGCUGUGAUUUUGGGAUAUGCCAACAGCUGUGCCAACCCCAUCCUGUACGGAUUCCUGUCGGACAACUUCAGACGCUCCUUCCAGAGGAUUUUGUGCCUCCGCUGGUGGGAUAACGCCACGGAGGAGCCCAUAGAUUACUAUGCCACGGCUCUGAAGAGUCGAGGAUACAGUGUGGAUGACUUUCAGCCGGACAAUCUGGAGUCGGGCAGCACGUACAGGAAUGGCACCUGCACAUCUAGAACUACAACGCUGUAGGACUCGGUAUUACAGCAUAAAGACUUUUGUUAUCUGUUGUCAUUGCAGUAUGUGUUUUGUGUUGAAAUGUAUUGGUAAGACUUCAUAAUAACGUUCGUUAAUGCCAUUAUUAGCUUAUAUAAUGCUUAAUCAGAAGU